AUGUACAUCAUAACCAUCUUGGGGAACUUCACCAUCCUCUUCAUCGUGAAGAUGGAGCCAAGCCUCCAUGAGCCCAUGUACUAUUUCCUCUGCAUCCUGAGCAUCACCGACCUGUUGUACUUUGUUCAUUCCUUCUCAGUGAUUGAAUCUGGGAUAUUGGUGGCCAUGGCUUUCGAUCGCUACGUGGCCAUCUGCCAUCCCCUGAGACAUUCUGCCAUCCUGAAUAAACCCGUGGUGGCCAAAAUCUGCCUGGCCGUGGUGCUGCAAGGUGCCAUACUUGCACUGCCCUAUCCCUUCCUGGCGAGGCAGUGGCCGUAUUGCAGAACCAACAUCAUCCCCUACACGCACUGUGAGCACAUGCCUGUCGUGAAACUGGCCUGUGUCGACAUCCGCGCAUUUGUACUGCGACCAUUGUCAUUGAUCCUGGUCACAUACAGGUCAUCAGGGGAUCAGAAGGUGCAGACAAUAAACAGCCUUCUGCGUCAUAACCCCUCCACCUUCAUCCUGCAGGGCAUCCCUGGAUUGGAGGCAGCCCAUGUCUGGAUCUCCAUCCCCUUCUGUGCCAUGUACAUCUUAUCCAUCUUGGGGAACGUCACCAUCCUGUUCAUAGUGAAGAGGGAGCCGAGCCUCCAUGAGCCCAUGUACUAUUUCCUCUGCAUGCUGGCCAUCACCGACCUAGUCCUGUGUACAUCCACCAUUCCCAAAUUGCUCAGCAUCUUCUGGUUCAACUCUAGGGAGAUCGGUUUCAGUGCCUGCCUCACCCAGCUGUACUUUGUUCAUACUUUCUCAGUGAUUGAGUCUGGGAUCUAUGUGGCCAUGGCGUUUGAUCGCUACGUGGCCAUCUGUGAUCCCCUGAGACAUUCCACCAUCCUGAAUAACUCUGUGGUGGCCAAGAUCGGCCUGGCCGUGGUGCUGCGAGGUGCCAUAUUUGCACUGCCCUAUCCCUUCCUGGCGAGGCACUGGCCAUAUUGUAGAACCAACGUCAUCCCCUACACACAUUGUGAGCAUAUGGAUGUGGUGAAACUGGCCUGUGCGGACAUCCGCGCCAGUAGCUACUACGGCCUCUUUGUGCUAAUCUGUAGGAUUGGUCUGGAUGUGCUCUUUAUUUCUGUGUCUUAUAUUCAGAUCCUCAAGGCCAUCUUCCGCCUCACCAAGGACGCCCGGCUGAAGACUUUUGGGACCUGCAGCUCCCACCUGUGCGCCAUCUUAACCUUUUACAUCCCAGGGCUCUUCUCCUCCCUCACGUACCGGUUUGGACAGAAUGUGCCUCUGCAUUUCCACAUUCUCAUUGGCAACAUGCAACUCCUGGAGCCCCCCAUGCUCAACCCCAUCAUCUACGGGGUGAUGACCAAACAGAUCCGGGCCAGGCUGCUCAGGCUCUUUAGUCAUAAAGAGACGUAA